AGGCGGAGGCGGAGGCUUAGGCUUAGGCGGAGGCGGAGGCGGAGGCGGCUUUACGAUCUCAAUGCUCUUGAUGCAUCCACAACCCUUGCAGCAUAACUUGUCCCUGAUCUUCUCCGGCGAGCAGCUCACCACCUUAAUUGUCACCUUGUUUGCCUUCUCAUCAUACUUCUGAUCUCGUAUUUCUUUAAUUAAUUUGUUCGCAACACAACGACUCAGUUCAUUUGGCUAAUCAAUUAAUAUAUUGAUA